CCACCUUUGAUUAAAAAAGAUGUAUUAUCAAAAUGUAUCGUCAUUUUUAUAACCGUAUUUGUUUGAUUAAAAAAAACUUUACGAGCAUGCGCUCUGAGAUGUUUGCUUUGAUCCCGGGAGGGGGAAGGGGGAUGCUGCCAGGGAAAAGAGGAGGAGGAGGAUGAAGAGGAGGAGGAUGUCCACCGGCAGCAGCACCGAGCGCCCCUCCAUCCCAUAAACCUGACAGAAACCAGACAUGUGCUGCGUUCAGAUGCAGCUCCAUCCAUGAGAAGACCGUCGCCCUAAUCUGCGGGAUUAUUUCACCUCUUCAUUCCAGACGAGGCACGAGCUUCAUCCAUGGACGGAUGCGGGGAGAACGAGGCGCGAACGGAGCGCAACAGACUGACGGAGGAGAGAGACGAGGCCCACAGGCAGCUCAAGCACAUCAAGAGAGUGUCCCAGAUGGUGAUCGAGGAGGUGAGCGUCCUGCAGACUCAGCUGGAGGUCGAGAAGUCGUGUCGGGAGAAUGCGGAGGCCCUCGCCACUAAGCUCAGCUGCGAGAACAGGAAGCUGAAGUAUCUGAGCCUGUCGUCCCGGCCGUGUUUGGACGAGCUGCUUCCCAGCAUCUCCGACUGCAUCGCCCUCCAGACGGACGGAGACGCCGAGGCGGCCGACGGCGGUCCGGACCCCUUCUCACAAUGCCAGCAGCAGGUCAAAGAGCUGAGGGAGACGGUGAGCAGCCUGUUGGAGGAGAAGAAGAGCCUCCUCUGUCAGGUCCACGAGCAGCAGCAGAGGAUAGAGGAGCUGAGCUCACAGGCGGAGAAGGACCAGGCGGAGGUGAAGCAGCUCCGUGAAACGGUGGAGCAGCAGAGCAGAAACAUCAAGAGGUUUAACAGAGUCUCCCUGAUGGUCGCUCAGGAGUACGAGGGCAUAAAGGAGCAGCUGGACCUGGAGCAGAACCUCAGAGUCCAGGCCGAGACCUACGCCCACGAGAUGCUGGUUAAGCAGAAGGAGGCCAACAGGCAGAGCAUGCUCCUGCUGCAGAGCACUGAGCCCAGCAUUCAGCUGCUCAAAGCUCUAGAGGACGUCGCCGCCGUCACCAAAACCCUGGAGGAGGAGCGCCUGCAGCAUCAGCAAAAGGUCCAGAACCUGGAGGCCCAACUGGAGCAGAGCUGCGUGAAGGAGCAGCUGGAGGCUCUGCAGAGGCAGCUGGAGAUGCUGGAGGAGGAGAAGAAGGAGGUGGAGGGACAGCUGGAGGAGGCGGAGAAGAAGAACCGGGAGCUGGAGGACACGGUUCUCCGGCUCCAAGAGACCCACCACGAGAUCGCCACGGCAACCGGCGCCUGCCCUUCUCCCCCAGCCCCUGAGGUUGCCCCGCCCCCUGCACCUAUCCCACAGCCGCCCCCACCUCCUCCACCCCCACCCCCACCUCCUCCGCCCCCUCCCCCGUCCAGGUGCAACCCCCUCAGCUCCCUCAUAGCCAUCAUGAGGAAGUCCUCCAAAGGCUCCAAGGCGGCCGUGAAGGUGGAGGCCCCCCCAGCUGCCGAGGGGGUGGAUGAGGUGAAGGUGAAGGCGGUGAACGAGAUGAUGGAGCGGAUCAAACACGGCGUGGUGCUGAGGCCCGUCAAGAGUCAGGACGCCAAGAGAACGGCAGUGAAGCCUCCAGCCUGUGAGGAGACGCAGCAGGAGAGCGCCAUGGAGGAGCUGAAAGGAAUUCUGGAGACGGUGAAGAGGAGCCCCAGCAGAGGCUCCCAGGAUUCGGGGCCGUCCCCCCCAGGAAAGAAGGACAGCGAGCUGGAGGUCAUCCUGAGACGCCGACGCAACAAAGCGGGAGAGGCCGCGUCCGGAGACGAGGGUCACAUGACCCACGUGUCGUCCUCCGACAGCCUAAAUGGACGACGCACCAGCAGCAGCUCGGGGAAGAGUGCAGAGAGCCCCGCGGGGCCGAGUGGUCCUGCAGAGACCACCGGGACCCGGGUCAGUCCAGAGAGGCGGGCCUCAGGACCCGGACUCACUGUGGCCCGGAGGAAAAGCUCCGACACGGGCGGACAGAGGACGUCCUGCAGCUCCACGUCUGAGAGAGAAGCUGCAGAGUCUCCGGUCAGCAACGGCUGCUUCAGCAGCGUUGGGACAGUGGAUCAGAUCCAUUCUAACGGAGUCGACCCCGCCCACGCCGAAGGGCCCGCCCACGCCGAGCCACUCAAUGGCAGCAGCGACGCCGAGUGUUGACCCCGGUGUCGUUUGCGUGGCCCCACCCUGUGUGAUUCGUGAAAGAUCCGAUCCUUAACGCCUUUUUGCGACUCCAGUUUGAACCGAGCGGAGAAUCAAACGUUUGUUAGGCCGACUCUAGAAACCACAGAAGAGGUGGCUUUAAAAACCUGAUCCUGGUCCAUGUUCUGGUCCAGGUUCUGGUCCAGGAUCCACACUGAAAAAGUUGAAUGUGCAGCGACUGCAGAACACCCCCCACCACCACCAUAAACCCCCAACCGAUCCACCUUAAAAACUGGAAUUUCCAAACAGACCAGAAGAUAAAACGUUUUAGAAACAAUUCAAAGAAAAAGAUUUCAAAACCAAAUUAACCAGAAGAAAGUAAAAUAAAAACACAAAUAUGUCCAACAGGACAUGAGAAUCAGUAAAUAAUAAAUACAAACAAUAAUAAAACAUUUAUACAUGC